CUAACUUGACAACACUAACUUCAUUUUCAUAUUCUCAUAAUCUUAUUCAGAUUUAAUGGGCCUAAUGGCUUUUCCAAGUGUUAAAAUCUCUUUCCAUAUAUAGUAUUUAAAAAUUGAAUCUUGAUGGAUUAGUUAGUAAUUCCACCAAAUGCUGACAGAUCAUCCAUCAAAUGCUGAUGAGUCCACCCUGUUUUCUUUAUUUUCUGUAUGCAUGAAAAGGUGAGAUGGGGUUGCUGUAAGGUAGAUUUUUGUGAGUGUGGUUUACUUUCUCCAGCUUGUUUUGAGACCCUUUUUGAGUUGUUGCCAACCAUAUCAUUCCUUUACUUACUUGUCCACCCUUUUUCUUUACUUCUUUGAAUCUGUUUAUUUAGCUUAACUUACAAGUAUCAUAAUAAUUGCUUCUUCCUUUGAGUUCUUGCUUGAUCAAUCAUCUUCAUCCAUGGCUACUGAGACUGUAUCAUCAGAUCAUCCUACUUCCCUUGAGCAAGUUGAGAAGGAAGUGCAUGAAGAGGUUAAGACAAUGGACUCUCCGAAGGACAAUGAAGUGAAACCUAAAGAGGACUCUCCAAGUCAAGUGUUGUCUUCUGCUGAAUCAGUAGAAAACAUAAAUAUAGAGAGUGUAACUCCAGCAAUUGAAGAGAUAAAGAAGAAGAGUGAUGAGGAAGAGAACUCGAAAGUAGAAGAACCAGCACAAACUGUUAUCGAAGAAAUAAAAAAGAAAGCUGAUGAGGAUGAGAAGCCAACAAUAGAGGAGGUAAAGAAAACUGAUGAGGUCGAGACGCCUAAAACUGAACAACAAGCACCAGCAAUCACUGCUACUGAAGAAGUUAACAAGCAUGUUGAGACUCCGGCUUCGGAUGUUACAAGAGAAGAAGUUGUAGUAUUAAACAAGGAAUCCGCCCCUGAACCUGAAGCUGAUAGUGUUCCAGAAGAAGCAGUUGAUGUUGUCAAAGGUGAAUUAGAAUCUGAAAAGGUUGAAAUUCCACAGAAAGAAUCUGAGAAAGAGCUGCAGGACAAACCAACGAUAGAAGAAUUACAGGCCAAUGAACCACAGAAAGCUGUGGCAAAAGAAGAAGAAGAAGAAGAAGUUUCAGAAGCAGAACAAAAUAAGGAAAGAAUUGUUGCUAAUGUAGAGGACAAACUGGCUGAACAACCAGAAGUUAGUGAGAAGAUUGAGCAAGAACCUGCUGAGACUAAGCCUGAAAAUACAGAGGCUAUAACUGAUGUACUAUUGAAGGAGGAGGUGGGAAAGGUUGAAGAGAUUAAUGAUACAAAAGAUGUGAAAACUAAUCAAGAAGAUGAGAAGAAAAGUGUUGUAACUGAAGCAAAGGAAGUUGAAACAUGUGAACUUCCUGAAAAAGCCCCAGAAGUUGAGAUUGCUCCUAGAGGCAUUGAACUAAUUUCUGAGAAUCGAAACAAGAAGGAUGAGAUAAAUCUUACCACAGAAGUCCAUGAAGCUACUGAAGUUGAGAAGAAAGUGAAUGAGACCACUGCUACUGUUACUGAAAAAUCAGUUGAAGAGUCUCAGAAGCCUGAGACAGAAACAAAAGUAGAAGAAGAAACUGCUGGAGAAGUUGAACCAAAGUUGGAGCAAAAGGUAAAAACAGAUGCUGCUAAGGAUGGUGAAGAAAGGAAAACUUUGGAAGAAGCUUUUAAAGAAGAAGUUCCACCCAAGACAAAGCAAUCAAACAACCUUAUUUCCAAGAUGAAGCAGUCUCUUGUGAAGGCUAAGAAAGCAAUCAUAGGAAAGUCUCCAAGCUCCAAAUCUGAAACAAAAAAUGAAGUUACAGCCAAAUAAAAGACAUCAGCAGCAGUGAAACCAAGAAAAAACAGACAGCAUCAUAACUUUAUUUGUUGUGUGAUUUUUCAUUCUUGUUUUCUGUCAUCAGGGGUCCUGCUAUAUUUCUACUUCCACUUCUGUUUGCUGCAAGUUUUAGUUAUUAUCCUAGGUAUACCAUAGUUGUGCUUUUUUUAAUCUUCCAAACUAGAAAGGGUGGUUUUCUUGAUUUCUUCUUAUUUGAUCUCUGCAUUCGAUUUGUCUAAUCGUGGAAGAACUUAUUCAAUUAAUUGGAUGGUGAUGUACAUAAAGAACUGUCACAUUUAUGAAUAUUAGUUUUAUUAUUAUUUGUCA